AGAUUUUCUCCGAUGCGUACGUAAUCUGCACAGCCAUUUUGGAUUUCGCCAGGACGGGGGAAACGACCCUCAGGGUCAUCCAGGAUUUACGCUUGUCUACGGGGGCUGAUUUUUUAACUUUGACCCUUUACGAUAUCCACGAGAGAGGGUGGGAUAGACGUUUUCAGUUUCCGCUUUGCGUUGGGAUUCCUACUGUUGAAUGUGAUGUUUGCUUGGAUGGUCAAGUAUACUGGGAUAUGGGACGAAUAUUAUGGUUUUGGAAUGUGAUGUAUGCACAGGGUGCUUCGGUGCCUAGUGUAGACAUGGGUGUUGGCGCGAAAUUGGGACGAGUUGGACAUCAAGAGCAUGAUACUGACGCUCAACACCGCUCACGAAUUUUAUCACUUUUCCAAACGUUGGACCACAAUAAAACUGGAUAUCUGGACCACGAUAACAUUAUUCGACGGUUUGAUGAUCUUGCUGGGGCCAAGCGGAGAUCUGAUCGUCCUGCUGGAGAGGCUGGUCCGUUAGGGUCUGUGGUCAUGUAUGCGAGAGAGCUGGUUAAAGAAUGUGAUAAGACGAGGGAUGGGCGGAUUACGUUUGCCGAGUUUGAGCAAUUUGUUCGACAAAAAGAGGUGGAAUUAUUAAAAGUUUUUCAAGAGAUUGAUACAAGUGGGGAUAAUACCAUACAAAAGUCAGAGUUGAGGGAUUUUGUCAAGGCUGCUGGAAUUCACGUAACGGAUGCGGAACUGAAUAAUCUAAUAUCACGAUUUGAUAAGGAUAAUACUGGGAGUAUAACGUUUGAUGAAUGGCGGGAUUUUCUACUACUUCUUCCCCACGAACCGACCCCUGCAAACAUCUUUAAUUUUUAUAACAGCAUCUACAAUGUCGACGUAAAUUCUGAUUCAAUGCCCUUCCCUGAAACUAUGACGGAUCCAAUGGCGGCAAAGCGUUAUAGAUAUUUUGUUUGUGGUGGACUGUCGGGGGCGGUUAGUCGGACUGUCACGGCGCCCUUGGAUCGGUUAAAGGUCCUACUCGUUACCCAAACAACCGUCACCCCCACGACAACGUCAGCAACAGCUGCCACCACCACUCGCUCCAAUACCGGCAUCAUCAUGGAAGGCUUAAAACGAAUCUACCAUGAAGGGGGCAUACGCUCCUUUUACCGCGGCAAUGGAAUAAACGUCCUCAAAAUCGCCCCAGAAAGUGGUGUAAAAUUCUUUACAUUUGAAACUAUGAAAAACUUUAUCUCGACAGUUGAGCAAGUUGACCAUUCUGAUCACAUUUCGGUUCCUGGACGAUUUCUGGCUGGGGGUGUGGCGGGAUUGAUUUCGCAAUUUACGAUUUAUCCCCUUGAAACGAUCAAAACCCGCAUUAUGGCUCAAAUAUCUUCCUCCCCAUCGUCUUCGUGUCCCUCCACCUCUCAUCCACCCAUGGCACAGAAACGAUUGAUAACAAGCACCAUCCGGAGCAUGUGGGCCGAAGGCGGCCUUAAAACUUUUUAUAGAGGUUGUAUACCCUCGCUAAUUGGCAUUGUCCCGUACGCUGGUAUCGAUCUCGGCAUAUAUGAGACACUGCGAUCCACGUAUGAGGGCCGGUUGAGAGUGAGAACGGGGCGAAAGGAUGCAAAAGUUGGAUCCGGGUAUUUGUUGGGGUUUGGAGCGAUCAGUGCUGCUUGUGGGGCUACGAUUAUGUAUCCGCUGAGUGUAGUCCGAACACGGUUACAAGCUCAGGGUACUCCCUCCCACCCAAUGACAUACACCUCGACGUUUGACGUGAUUCGUAAAACCUACGCUGGGGAGGGUCUACGAGGAUUUUACAAGGGUCUAGCGCCAACAUUGCUAAAGGUCUUACCAGCCGUGUCGAUCAGUUAUGUCGUUUAUGAAAAGACCAAGGUGUUGUUUUGAGAGCUUGGAAGGGGUAGGCUGCGUUUAUGAGCUUGGUUGUUAGGUGGUGGGGUAAAUUAAACAGUGGUUAUGGGGCUAUUUCAUUGGAAUAGGGGAAUAUGUUUGACACAGACAAUGUAAAUAUCAAUGGAAAUGGGGAGUGGUAGAUGGGGACUCUGAUGCUCGAAGACCUUGGGGAAAACUCUUGGUGGUGGUUGUAUAGAUUUUUGACUUUUUUGAUUUGGUUUGGUUUGGGGGUUGGUCGUUGAUACCGGGGGGUUAUUUGAUCCUUUUUUUUUUUUUUGAAAUGGGUGGGUUUUUGGCGAUGGUGAAAAGAAGACAAGGACUUGUGUAUUUAAGAUGUGAUAGACGACGGAUGCCAUCUUUUAAAAUUUCUAUUUCUUUACUUGUUAUUUUGGAUA